GCUUUGCUGAAAAUCUGAAAGAAGUGGGUGGGUGGGUGGAGGGGUUUGGUUAUAUGUUCGCCCUCCCGCCUCGGAUAACUUUAAACCCAUGUGCUACCAAAGUCCCUCCUCUGGGUGCUGUAUUAAACACACACACACAAAGUAGGAGGGGGUGAGACUCGGAAAAAUAAAACAAGAGCCGGCUUCUUGUGAGCGGUGUGGGGAAAGCGGGACAUACAUUACACACACGCACGCACACGAGAGAGAGAAGCUUGAUUUGAUAGCUGCGAUUGUUUUUUUUAAGCAAGGAGGGUCUCUGUGUGUGUAGGGGGGGGGGGUGUGCGACAAAACUGCUCCCGUCUGCCGCUCCUCCUCCGCCUUAGCGCUGAGCUUAAGGCACCGCUGGCAGGGUGAGAGGCGACUUCACAUCGUGCGGACAAACGAUCGGACGCGACCCACAAAAACCAAAUCCAAGACCCCCCCCCCACCCCGAGCACAUCGUCAUCCCUGUCGCUCUCUCUCUCUCUCUCUGCCUCUGCUGCACUCCGAGGGACGCGGCUGCCAGAUACAUCUCCGUAGCCGUCUGCGCAGGGUUGAGCAAGCCGGUCAACUCGCGGCGCUUUACUGCGAGGGAUCGAAUUAGUCGGCGAUCAUGGAGGAGGAGAAGAAGAAGAUGAUGCUUCUUCUGUUCCUGUCCUUUGUGGCGCUCGCCAAAAGUGAAAUGGCGAUGCCCUCGACGGAGAAGUUCUACGAGGAUCUGUUGGACGAAUACGAUUUCUCCGGCUCGGGCUUCAGCACGGACGACGAGGGAGGAGACGAAGGCGAGCUCUACUCCGGCUCAGGUGAUUUAUCUGAGCAAGACCAGGGCUGGAACGUGCACACACCUCACAAGGGCGAGAAGAUGGUGACCAACCCGACCAGGGUUUUGCCAACAACGACGCAGGACAGAGUAAAGCUGCUGGUCGGGGAGUCGGCCGAAAGACUACCCUGAGGAGAGCGGCUCCGCUGAGAGACCGGGACGGACACGCCCUCUGACCCCUGGAUCCAGCGUGGCCUGUCACCAGAGGGCAGCUCCCCCUACGACGUUUCUGCUCACAAGACUCACGGCGCGAGCCUCCUGGACCGCACGGAAGUCCUGGCCGCCAUCAUCGCUGGAGGUGCAGUGGGGCUCCUCUUCGCCGUCUUCCUCAUCCUCUUCCUGGUGUACCGCAUGCGGAAGAAGGAGGCCGGCAGCUUCUCGGUGGCCGGACCGCUGCCCUACAAGACCAACCUGGCAUACCAAAAGGCCCCCAACGAUGAGGGCCCCAUGUAAUUCCUUGGGCCCAGCAGUGAGGGCCACCAGCCCCUCCCCAACCCCAAGCAAUGCACGACAUGCACCAACGCCUGCCCAGCAGGGCCAGCCCAGCCAUGGAACCAUUAACUUAUUUAAUUAAAUUGAACAGCGGUAAAGUGGAAUUUAGCGUACGUGAGUGAUUUGAUAUUUACCCUUUGCAUCUACAGUAUGUGUAAACAUACGUUUGGCUUGGUCAAGAAGACAUCUUGGCCACUGUUCGUGAUGCUACCACACCAUUACCAUCGCUUCCUUAUGCUAGAUCCCUCAGCUUUUGAGCAGUUGACCUGACACUCGACCUUAAAGAUCGUCUGCAGUGGGAACAGAGAUAAAAAAAAAACAUAUGGUGGAAUAAAAACAAAUACUGUGCGUCGAAAGUUAAUAUAGAACUUGAUGACAUUUUAAUUCUAAUCUGGUUUCUCAGGUGUCUGUAGAUGAAAGGGUUAAGUGAUGAACACUGUGGCAUAUUUUAAUGCCAUUGGCAUUUCGAUUCGUGUUGUUCAUGUGCAAGACCUCCAAACAACUGAUACCAAUUUUGUUAAAUUAGUUAGUGCUUCCAUAUAUUACUUUGACCCUGUAAAUCUAGGAAAAAAGGGCUGGCAGACUUCUUCAAUGUGUCAGUGAUCGUUUGCCUUUGGUUAUUUCUUGCUGUGCAGCUUAUUAUGCUAGGUGUUAAACUCAAGCGGGCAGUGAUCAUGUUUCUUUCUCAUCCGGCUAUAACAGAUGUGAUAUUUGGCAAACCGUGCUUUAUUUUUUGUACAAAAUACCAAAAAAUAAAAAAAUAAAAUGUUGCAUAUAGGCCACACGCCAGUAUAAGCCAGGCAUUGCUAGUUCAUUUGAGUGAUAUAUAUGUUUAGGUUUGAAUAUUUUUCCUUCUUUCCGGUAAAUACUUAAGAAAAACACUCGCGUUUUAAAACGGUUUAAUUUAGUUCCGUUCAUUUUUAAUGAAAUUGCUUCUUCAUAUUCUUGGUGCGCCAUCACACCGGGCCAAACAUUAGGCUUGUUUAUAUAAACAAAUUCACCACCACGAAAUAGUGCCGCGUGUGGUAUUUUGCCCGUGCCUUUCAGCGAGACUGAGCUUUGGUCCUUUUUUUACGUUUAGUCCUGGAGGGCGGUGCCGUAGGGAGCAUCCGCAGUUGCCCUGUACUUCUAUGCUACCACAAGCAUAACAAGAUUCAGUCUUAACCACAAUCUGUGCUCCACGCACGCGCCGACCCGUGGUGAAGUAUGGUCAAGUAACCCCCAUAACCGCUCGGUGUGGAGUCGCCCUGAUCUAGCAGUGGAUUCACACGAGAGGCUGUACGUGUUGUCUUACUCGCCCCCACCCUCACCCACUGCCGCACCUCCGACUAGUGCGGUCGGCUCCGUACGGUGAGAAGGAUGUUCAACGUACAUACGUGAGAUAUCCACGCCGCCUAACGCUCACCAGCGUGUGGUGGCAUAAAUGACUGCAAGGAGUUUAGGUAUCUAUUAUGUAAUUUAAAUACGUGUGCAUCUUUUAAGCUUGUCUCUUGUUUUCAGUGUGCUUCACAGUUAGCCGGAUGCACCAGAGGAUACAAUUAAUUAACCGUGUUCUUUCCUUAAUAUGCCAACCGUGCUGUUUUAAUCAGGAUGAUGCUAUAUAUUGUUUUUUUUUCCUCCUCUGCGCGCUAUUCAGAUGCUAAUGUCGUGAGAGUUUCUAGCGAUGUUUUGGAACGUGUAAAUCUCUCGGCUACUGACCGGUAUUGGCCACACUCCUUGAUGCACAUUCCGUCGCAAGAUGCGUUCUCAUUUGUUGCUUUCUUGAACUCCUAUUUGCAACAACAAAAACAUUUCAUAUAUUUUUUUGCGUGAUUGUUAUUUAAUCCUAAACAAUCAUUUAAGAUAUCAAAUUAAUAGAAAUCCUCACAUUUAUUUUAAGAAAAAAAAGUCUGUUUUAUCAAGCAUAUUAAAUGCAUUUACUAUAAUGUAAGGGUUUAAACAAUAGAUAACUUCGUAUUCACUUAUGCUUUGUUUUGCCUGCUUCGCUGUCUGUCAAUACGUUUCUCAAUUUAGUUAAACUUCAUUGCCUUGGAAUUAUUGUUUUUUUUCCUCCCAAUUAAUGCAAUUUGCAAAGAAGUCGGCUGUUCACGUGGUAUCACAGUAGUAUGCUGUUGACAAUGCUGUACUUGCGAGGUUUGUUUUAAGCACUCACAGUAGUAGCCGUAGUAUUUGUCACAUUCGUUCUAUUUUAGGUCUUUGAUUCACAUUAUUGCUAUUUAUACAGUUUAUAUAAAAAAAUAAUCUGGCAUGGUUUUCCUGCACAAGAGGUAAUAUAAUUUUGUGGAUUAAUUAUGAUUCGCCCAGUCAGUGGGCCUUGCCAAAGCUUUUCUUCGUGCUUUUUCAAAUAAAAUGCGUCUUUUACUUGCUUUUAAAAUUAACUUUUCCGCUAUUGGUGACCUUCCUUCUGAUGCUAUAUUUCUCCCUUAAUGCAAAAAUUCAACGUCACUUGCGAUUAUAGGUUUGCUUGUUAUUAUCAUCAUUAUUAGGGCUUAAUUUCUCACUGAAUAUUGUCUGGUUCGCUGGUAGGCUGGAAAAGUCGGCUCUGUGGCUCAUUUCCGCAGCCAUAUAGCAAGAGGUAUUAUGGAUGUGGUGUUGAUGGGUGCUGGAAAUAUUUUCGGGUUUGCCAACCCAGACAGGACCUGGCUGAAAUGAAACCCUCAUCAUCAUCACUAUGGCGUUUUUGAUCUCGGAACAAUUGGCAAUCACAAAUACAACAAUUCUGUAUAUUUGCUUAUGAAAGGUAAUUAAAAAAAACCUUAUAAGCAUGUGCAGUGUUAGUAUGGCUUUCCCUCUGUAUUGAUUAUAAUAUUGUUCAGUUGAGGUAUCUUUCCAAGGCUCUACAAAGUAAGGGGCAAUUCAUUUAAUACAUACGCAAAAAUCUGUCAACUUGACCCCUCCUUCCCUCCCUGUACGCACGCGGACUUUUUACACCCCCCCCCCCCCGAAUCCUAUAGAACGGCCGAUAUUUAAUAGACGCAGAAAAGAUCAAGGAUUAAUAAUAUUAACGUGUUUUAAGCAGACAGAUAGUCCACCGCCGGACUAGAUCUAACUAAUUUGAAGGCCAAUGUAGACAAAUUAUUAUCGAGGCUUCACCCCCCUCCCCCCCAGUUUCCUAUUCGUACAUUGUCAGUAGACCCCCCCCCAUACGCACGCGUGCGCAUUUGGGUUAACCCCCCCCCCCCCUCCAUGCGUACUUACUAAAUGGAUGGCCCCUAAGCGGUUACUUUAUGGACAUCGACACUGUAAUAUUUACAUUAUGUAUGCAGUAACUCAGGCUAAGUGCAUCGUGAACUUCCAUCAAUAACGAAAUAUUAUUUUUCUUUCCCUACGAAUUAUUUCAUUUUAAUUAGAAAAAAACACCAGGGCUUUAAAACAACAGGUAAUAUAAUAUCCACGUUUAAUAUGAAGUAGAAAAAAAGCUAAUCAUUCGGCUUCACUAUGACAUGUUAUAAUUAGAAUAAAGCAUUGUAUAUAGAGGGGAUACAGCUGCAUACCGUCUGAGCUAACUACUACUCGCAAAUUAAAGUGCUUUCGUUCUUUAUGGGGACUCGGAUAAAGAUGUUGCGUUGUACUGUAACUGUUAUAACAUAAUCGUGUACUGUGUUCUGUAUUUGUUUUUCAAAUAAAAUGGACAAUGCUGUUGUCCAAAGUGA